AUGGUCAACACCAUAUCGUCAAAUAUGGCCGCAUUAUUUUUUGUAAUACUUCUUUUUAUUAAUUCAAUAAAAAGUGAGACAUGUGUUAUAGACAAUCGUUCAUUAAGCACCGCCUGGGAACAGAAACUUCGAGAAGAAUUAACAUCAUGUGAUACCAGAUUUCAACCACCAAGUACCAAUCAUACAAUUGUAAACAUCAGUUUCACCUUAAAAUCCUUCAACUUCGAACACUAUGAAGAAAUCUUUACAAUCAACAGCUGGGUAUUUUUAACCUGGGAUGAUUCAAGACUUACUUGGAAUCCGGAUAACUACGAUGGUAUUACCGAAGUCCUUCUUCCCAGUAACAAAAUAUGGACACCCAAAUUAUCUCACUACAGCUCCAGUGGGAACGACGAAUUCGAUUACAUCAUGACUUCUUGUCGUAUAACAAACAAAGGACAUGUAACUUGUAUACCUAGAGUUAUCCAUCAAACUGUGUGUAAUACGAAAUUAACACAUUGGCCGUACGACACACAGAACUGUACAUUCGAAUUUGGAUCAAAACCUGGAUUCGAUCAUGUUAAAUUCGUUUUAGAUUCUGGUAGAGGUAUUAAGAUGUUUGGUGCUGAAUACGGUCCUGGAUGGACUAUAACAGAUUUCUCAAAGACGGAGACAGAAGAUUCAGAAUCGGUUAAAUUUUCUUUUAAUUUUAUUGUUGAACGUGAAGGGGUUGGUUUAGCAGCGAUCGUUAUAGUUCCUUCUUUAGUUUUGUCGUUUAUAACAGUUUUAUCAAUGACUUUAAAUGUUGAAGAUAAGAUACGUUUAUUUAUACUAUGUUUUGGUUUGCUAAAUCAAUUUACGUUUCUACAAGAAAUCAAUUCAGAUUUACCACAACAUAGCCCUGAUACUCCUACAGUAGUAUUGUUCUUGCGUUCGUCGAUUGUUUUAACUUUAUUGGCUAUCGGAAUAACUUUUCUUUUAACUCAUUUAUAUAGAAAAUCUAAGCCACCAUCAAAUUUUAUUAUCACAUUUAAUGAAAAGAUUUUAGAUUCGUACGUAAAAUAUAUCAUUUGGCCUAAAUGGAGUAGAUCUGAAGAAAAAGAAAUGAAUAACGAUGCUGCGAAAAUACUAACUGCAUGGAUCGAUUUUGUUAGUAUUAUUAAUUUUAUUUUCUUGUUAAUUAUUGUUAUAACAUAUAUCGUGAUGUAUUAUAUUUAUAUACCUAAAGAACCUGAAUUCUAGACUCUAAGA